UCUUGUCGCGUCUGUCUCAUCCGCUACUCGUCUUGCUUUCUGUUGUUUAAAUUUUGCUCCGCACACUUAUUUAUUUUUCCAAAACCAUUCCACAAUGUCUGAUUUCGCGGCUGUACUUGCACUGAGCCUGGUCGCCAGUGCCACCUCGGAGGCAAUUUCAUACCUUCUCGUUUACCGCACCGAGCAGUUCCAGCAGGUCAAACAGAAGGUGCAGCAGAGCGAGCUGAAGCUCGAGGAGGAAAAGAGCUCGACGUCCGGUAAUGGCAAGAACCGCCAGCGCCGCAUUGAGAGCAUCGAGGCGCAGCUGUCUGCCGCGCGCAGCAAGGCCAGCAGCCUGCAGAUGCGCAACAUGUUUGUUGUUGCCAUCAUUCAGCUCGGCUCUGUGUACUUGAUAAACUGGCUGUACAGCGGAAAGUCUAUUGGAAGGCUGCCGUUUGAGCCGCUGAAGGUGUUCCACAGUCUCACGCAGAGGGGCCUUCCCGAGGGCAGCCCCAGCGAUGCGUGCUCGGCAACUUUUGUGUUUGUACUCGGUGGCCUCAUGUUCAAGGCACUGCUCGACCGCUAUUUCCAGCUGGGCCUGCCCAAGGGCAACUCGCUGCCAAAGUGGGUGACCAACCCUGAGGAUGUCAUUGGCAGCAAGAAAUAGCCCAGUAUGUUUGUUUGUUAGGUUUAAAAAAGUUUAUAAAUAUAAAAGUAUAUUUUUGGUAUCUGUUCU